GUUAUCAAAAUCCUAAAUCCAUUAUUAAUCAAUUAAUUACAAAUUAGUUCUUUAGCUAAACCAUAAGUCUUAAAUUAAUGUACUCUAAUGUGCUAACAUACUACUUAUGAUAGUAGUUUUAUAGGAUGUUAAAGUUUACAGUGCUUAGCGACGACAUGUAAAGUUGAUUAGGAGGAUAUCCAAAAUUGACUUCAUAAGGAAAACUAUGGCCGAGUUCAUUAGAGGUGGACCUGGCGUUAUAUUACGAGAUAGAGUGCAAGCAACAUUGAGUUUCAAUAGCGAAGAUAGUCAAGAUAUUUUGGAUCAAGAUUUUGAUCCAUUUCUUGAACAGGAUGAACCAGAUGGCUCGAAUAUAUCCUUAUUGCAAGCACCCCCUGAAAAUCUUUGGUAUCAUGGACGAUUGAGUCGAUACUCUGCUGAAGAACGACUAUGGCAAGCGUCCGAAAUGGGUAGCUAUCUUGUGCGUGAAAGUGACCGUAAACCUGGAUCAUAUGUUUUGUCAUACUUGGGUCGUACAGGCAUAAAUCAUUUUAGAGUUACUGCAGUUUGUGGUGAUUUUUAUAUUGGAGGACGUCAAUUUGAUAGUUUGUCAGACUUAAUAGGUUAUUAUACCAAUUGCUCUGACUUAUUAAAGAGAGAAAGGCUAGUUUAUCCUGUAGCACCCCCUGAACCUGUUAAUGACAAAAAACGAGUUGUGGCAAUUUUGCCUUAUACUAAAAUGCCUGAUACAGAUGAGUUAACUUUUCAAAAAGGAGAUAUCUUUUUUGUACACAAUGAUAUGGGAGAUGGAUGGCUUUGGGUAACUGCUCAUAGAACAGGAGAACAAGGAAUGAUAUUUAGAGAUUUAGUGGACAAUUUAGAUGAAAAUAUUGAUCCUAAUACUGUAUUUGAUUGGUUUCAUCCUGGUGUUACAAAAAGUGAAGCUGUUGACAUGCUAGUCAAAUCAGGUCCUGGAAGUUUCCUCGUAAGACCAAGUGACAAUUCACCUGGAGAUUAUUCUCUAUUUUUUCAUGUAAAUAAUCAAAUUCAAAGGUUUCGCAUUGAAAAAAAAGGUGUAAGAUAUUUAAUGGGUGGUCGUACUUUUGAAUGUCUUGAUGCAGUCAUUAACAGAUAUAGAAAAGAGCAAAUAGUUGAAGGACAUACUCUUGUUUUACCAGUGUGUCGUAAUUCUAAUGAACUUAUAGAGUUGCCGAUUAAACAAAAAGAAGUGCAACAAGCUGAAAAAAUUUAUGCCACACUUCGUGAAUGUCGUGAACAAGUAGGGCUUAAAAAAGUUAAAGGAAUUAAGAUGCAAGGAUAUAUGUAUAAAAAAAGUGAUAAAAAUAAGAAAUGGAAAUCAUUAUAUUUUGUUCUAAUAAUUGAUGGUGUUGAUACUCAUUUAUGUUUUUAUGAUAAUCCUAAAAGAACCAAACCUAAAGGCUUAGUAGAAUUAAGUUGUGCUUACUUAUAUCCCGUACAUGAAAGUGUAUUUGAUAGACCUAAUUGUUUUCAGUUAGUUGAAAGAGCAUUGCCUUGUUUAGCCACUAUUACAUACUUGUCUACGACAACUCAAGAUUUGUUCCAAGAAUGGGUAUCAACUUUAAGAAUGUACUGUGUUACUCAAUUAUCUAGAGUUCCUAAAGCACAAAAGUUACGAGAGUUACGAUUUUUGCAAUUGCAUAUUCUUGAUGCUCAUAGAUUACCAUUUAAGCUUGUGCCAAAUCCAUUUUGUAUUAUUUCUCUCAAUCAAGUUAAAGUUGCUAAAACUCGAGCAAAAAGUGGACCUGAUCCUGUAUUUGAUGAAGAAUUCACUUUAGAUGAUGUUCCUCCUGAUGUUUUGACUUUUACUAUAAGUAUUUACAACAAAGGAAAAAGAUCUAAAGACACUGAAGUUGCGGAAUUAACUGUGGAUUUAAAUACUUUAAACAAUGGUGCUGAAACUGAAGAUUGGUACCCACUUAGUGGUAUUACACCUAUUGGUGAAUGGGGUUCUUUGCGACUUCGCACGAGAUACUUACAUGAUUUAAUAAUGCCCACUGAAGAAUAUUCACCAAUGCAACAGUUAAUACUAGAUCCUGAACUAGAAGCUGUCAGAGCUUUAGCUGAUCUUUGUCAUCAAGACAGAAUGCCUUUAGCAAGAUCUUUAAUGGGUAUUUUCCGCCAUGAGAAAAAAGAAGCUGAUCUUUUGAGAAAUCUAAAUGACGUGGAAAUCCUUAAAGAAGAUGAAACUACUACAUUAUUUAGGUCAGCUUCACUUACCACUACCUUGAUGGACCUUUAUAUGAAGUCCAUGUGUUCAGAAUUUCUGAAGUCUGCAAUACAACAAACUAUUUUUAAACUACUAGACAGCAAACAAUCAUGUGAACUUAACCCAUGUAAGAUGGAGUCACCAGAUGAUGCUUGUGAUAAUGCUGAAUUUCUUCUAGUAGUGUUAGAUGAAAUUACACAAUCAAUAUUUAUGUCUGCAGAAUCAUGUCCACGCACAUUACGUUAUAUUUUUGGAUGUCUUCAAAGAAUGGUAAUGAAUAAAUGGCCUUAUGAAAGACUAGUAAGAACAAGAGUUGUUUCUGGAUUUAUUUUCUUACGCUUACUAUGUCCAGCUAUGUUAAAUCCUAGGCAAUUCAAUUUGAUUCCUGAGCCACCUCCUCCUAUGGCUGCAAGAUCAUUAAUUAUGGUAGCAAAAUGUUUACAGAAUUUGGCAAAUUUAGUAGAAUUUGGUGGAAAAGAACCUUACAUGGAAGUUGUAAAUCCUUUUAUAUUAAAAAACAAAGAACGAAUGGUGGUAUUUUUAGACCAAUUAUCUAAUGUAACUGAAAAACCAGAAUCAGAAGAAGAAAAAAUUAAAGGAGAUCCUGCUCGUAAUUUAGGUACUUUACACCACAUUUGUAAAACACAUCUUAAUGAAUUACAAAAUCUCAGCAAAACUCAGCCAUCAUUAAAAAAACUUGUAACUGUUACUGAAAUGCUUAACAAACACAAACAAAAAUAUUUAGAAAUGUUAAAUUAAUUGUUGUUUAAAAAAAUAUUGACCAACAGUUUAAAAUACUAGCUGGUGGCUAGUCAACAUUUUUAAUUGAACUUAAAACCAUAAAUUGUAAAAUAUAAAAACUUACUUGCAUGCCUAUUAUACUUCAUACAUAUAAGUAUAUUUAUAUCUUCUCCAGUACCAUUAAAUUUUAAAUGACAAAUUGUAUUUAUGAAUUAUCCAUGACAUUAAUAGAAAACAAGGGUGAUUCUUAAAAUUCUCAAUAAGCUCUAUUAUUAUGAAUAUUAUUGUUUAGUACUAAUAAAAAGUGUACAUUUAUUGUAACUGUAAAUUUAAAACAGGCAUUUAUUAAAGAAAUGUUAACACUUACCUAUUAAGCUUUAAUUAAAUUAAAGUAUCUAUUUUGUAGAAUUUAGUUACUGUUUAAUAGUAGAUACCUUCUCAAUUUAUCAACUAAGGUUAACACCAAUUUUAAAUUUGACUGAAUUAUAUAUGUUGUUAUUAAUGUGACAAACUAAAAAAAGUUUCUUUUUUUAACUAUCAAUUUUAAUUAGUGCAAUAUAUUUUGACUCUUGUGCCAAAAAUCUUUAUAUUUGAAAUUAUUAAAUCCAGUCAUUGCAAUUUCUUAAAUUACAUUUGUACUUCCCAAGUACUAGAAUAUUUUUCUAUAUUUUUAUUUUAUUUAUACAACAUUUUUAAUAAAUACUCUAGAUUUAAACUAAUUGUUACUAUGAAUUGAAUAAAAAUUAUUUCUAAAUUUGCUAACUGGUAUGUUUUUUAAUUGAUAUUUUUUUCAGUUUUGUUUAAAAAAAUUGACUACAAUUUUAAGUGAAAAUCAACACAAUUGUAUGACAUGCUAGACUAAUAGUCUAUAUUAGUCUAAAAUAAAAUAGUUUGCUAUUAAAUAAAAAGUUAUUGUAACUAAUUAUUGUAUAAUAUGUAACAAAAUGUUAUUUUGUGACAGAUGUAAACAUAGGAUCAUAUUAAUGAUGUAACAUGUCAGUAUAAAUACAUAAAAUAAACUAAAAUGCAUUUUA